AUGAUGAAUCGUUUAUCUAAAUUAAAAAAUAGAUUCAAUUAUCAAAGACAAGAACUAUGGAAUAAUUCCGAAACUGAUAUAUCAUCAAUAUCAGAUAAUGAUAAUAGAAAAAAUUCAACUAUAGAAAUCUUAUCAAAUAAUUCUCAAACAUCAAAUGAUGAUGAUGAUGAUAGUGAAAUAUCAAGAGAAAAUUGUUGUUUAAUUUGUUCAAUUUUACCUAAUUUAUCAAAUAUAAAUACAUGUCAUAGACAUUUAACAUUAUUAACUAAACCAAUAGAAAUUAUUCAUAUGAAACAUUCAAAAAAUAAUCGUCAUCAAUCAAAAUUUAAACAUCAUUAUCGAUCUAGUUCAUCAUCAUCAUCAGAACUUCGACAUUAUCGUAAAAGAUCAUCAAUGAUUUUAGAAUCUUCUGAUUCUAGUAGUCAAGAUGAUUUAUUCUUCUCUCCGAAUAUUCAAUCUCAAGAAUCAAUAACUCAUAAUCAACAACAUCGAUCUAUUCAUAUUCAAACUCAAUUAUCACCAUCACUUCCGCCAUCAUCUACAAUACAUAAACCUUUACAACAAUAUAAUGAAGUUUUAUUAACACCAUUUUUACAACAACAAAAUACGAAUGAAAUACCAUUAAUAUUGAAAGAUAUUCAAAAUAGAUCAAUACAACAAAAAAUAUCAAAAAUUAAUCAUAAAAUAAAUUCAUCAGAUAUAAUUGAAUUAGAUUCAAAUUUAUCAAAUUCAUCAAAUAUUUCUCUUGAUCAAUGUACAAAUGAUAAUAAUAUAUUAAAUGAUAUUAAUCAAAAGAAAAUAACAAUCGAUAUGAAUCAAUUAACUGAACAAAUUUUAACUGAUGAAUAUUUUCAACCAAGAAUAUUACUUACACGUGUAUGUUUGGAAAAAUAA